AUGGUGAAAAUUACUGAACAGUUGAUUCGAAAAAAGUCGGAACACAAUGAGCUGCUUAUUUUCAGCCUUGAGGAGAUUUCAUUACACCAGGAAAAUAUUGAAAGUAUUGACUGCAUUCAGGACUUUUGUCGUGAACUGAGAAUUCUUCUCUUGCAAUCGAAUUUAAUCUCAAAAAUUGAAAAUCUCAAUAAAUUGAAAAAGCUCGAGUACCUGAAUCUCGCCAUAAAUAACAUCGAGAAAAUUGAAAAUCUUGUUGGAUGCGAAUCGUUGCAGAAGUUGGAUCUCACAUUGAAUUUUAUUGGAGAUUUGACGAGUGUUGAAAGUUUACAGAAAAACAUUCACCUUCGGGAUUUAUAUCUAACUGGAAACCCUUGCACGGAUUAUCCAUCCUAUCGCGAUUACGUCAUCGUCGCUCUUCCCCAAUUGACAUCGCUAGACGGUCGUGAAAUUACAAGAACGGAAAGAUUUAAAGCUCAGAAGAGCUUCGAGAUGAACCGACGGGAUGUAAUUCAAUUGCAGGCAAAAUAUCAAAUUUCCCGUGAUGAACAGAAGCUAAGGGUCGAGAAUGAAAUUCAAACGAUGGCAAAUGCUGAUCUUGAUGAUGAAGAAAAGUUGAAAGAAUUUUGGAACAUGAAGAGUGAAAAUUGUCCAGAGAUUCGACGAGAAAUUGCUGAGAAGUCACGUCGCAAGAGCCGUGACAAUCAAGUAAACCUUGUUGAGAAGAACAAUGAAAAAUUCACGCCCAAACUUUUCGCAAAAUGUGGACGUCCUUAUUGUCUCAAUUUUCCAAAAUUAGAUUUCUCGUUUCAUGAUGAAACGGACCGUUACGAAUUGGAUUUGCAUGUUUAUAAAUUCCUCGACACGUCAUUAAUCGUUGUUGACGUUCAACCAAACUAUGUUCGUGUCACUGUUAAAGGUAAAUUUUUUCAAAUGGCACUCAAGGACGAAGUUCGAAUUGAUGAAGCAACGUCUAAGAGAUCUCAGACAACUGGUCAUUUACUGAUUGUUACGCCCAAAUUAAAUGUGAACAAUUAUGUCAGUGUCUCGACAUUGUCUGAGAAAUCGAAAAAGCAAUCAACAUUAAAAGAAUCUGUUAAUAUUCGUGACAUUAUUCCCGACACACUCCAAGAUGAUUCAGAAAUUCCGCCUUUAAUUUAA